CCAAACAAGGCAUGAUUUCUUUCUCACCAGUUCUUUCAUCUGAACUCUUUCCUUUCCUAUUUUCUUGCCAUUAAUGAUCCAUAUCGUCGCCGCCUAACCAUUCGCCGGCUCAGGGGUCUGACAGCGAAAUGGCUGCUUGCAGCUUCUGUUUCGCCUCCAUCAACGCUACACCAUCAACCAAUCCCAUUUCUUCCUUUUCGUCUCCUUCACACCCUAUUCCUCAAUUACGCAUCACAAAUGCGCCUUCAAUUUCGAAGCCCACUGCUCUCCAUUUGGAUCAUAUCCAACUUCGACCUAGACCUAGGCACAGGAGGGCUUCGCAGAGAUGCACUCCCAGCAGAUUAGCUUCGCAAAAAAACACUCCCAGUUUCCUGGUUGCGGCAUCGGCUAACAAGGCGGAACCCUUGAGGAUUGUGAUUUCGGGUGCCCCGGCUUCUGGGAAAGGCACCCAAUGUGAGCUCAUCUCUAAGAAAUAUGAUUUGGUGCACAUUUCUGCUGGAGAUUUGCUACGUGCCGAGAUUUCUGCAGGGACUGCAAAUGGGACGCGAGCAAAGGAAUACAUGGAGAAAGGGCAAUUGGUUCCUGAUGAAGUUGUUGUAAUGAUGGUCAAAGAGCGUCUCAUGCAACCAGAUUCUCAAGAGAAGGGUUGGCUCUUGGAUGGAUACCCUCGCAGCUUAUCUCAAGCGACAGCUCUUAAAGAAUUUGGUUUCCAACCAGACCUCUUCAUUGUUUUGGAAGUUCAAGAACAAGUUCUUGUUGAGAGAGUGAUAGGGCGCAGGUUGGACCAAGUGACUGGGAAGAUAUACCAUUUGAAGUAUGCUCCACCAGAAACUGAUGAGAUUGCUGCAAGGCUUACUCAAAGAUUUGAUGACACAGAAGAGAAGGUGAAGUUGCGUUUGCAGACUCACAAUGAGAAUGUUAAUGCCGUACUUUCAAUGUAUGAAGAUAUUUGUUUCAAGGUGGAUGGAAGUGCUUCCAAGGCAGAGGUUUUUGAUGUUUUAGAUAACGCAUUGACAAAGCUCCUCCAACAAAAGCAAUCAAAAUUGGGACCUGUGGCUGCUGUGCAUAAAUAAAGCAGACAUUAUAAUAGGGAGGGAAUUCAAGUAUAGAUGGCGAAGAUGUUUCCCGGGAAAAAAAGCUAUUCGGACUUCAAUGAGAAGAAGAGGGAAGUGAGUACACAUAUUAAUGUUGCGAAAUUCUUAUGUACUAUUUCUGAAACUUCAUUCAAGGAUAAUACUUCGGUUUAAAAUAUUCGGAUGAUCCUCUCUUUAAAAAAGGGGUCCAGAAACAUGCAAUAGUAGUUGUUUGUGUGUUGCUUAUAAUUUCAAAUGGCAAAGGCCGUUGGCGAGCCAUGCUGGCAACCUACAGCGUGCAGGUUCAAAUC